GCCCAUGCUGAAAAAGAAGAUUACUGUAACUCUGUACUCUGGAGUAAUAAGACCAAGAUAAUUGUUUUUGGAACUGAUGGCUUCAAAACUGUAUGGCAUUGCAAAGGUGAGAGUACAAAGAAAAAUGCAUGGUGCCUACAUAGUGGUGGCAGUGUCCUUCUGUGGGGAUGAAUCAGUCUGCUAGCGUCAGGGAGCUGCAUUUCAUUGAUGGUAUCAUGAAUUCACAGAUGCACUGCUCUAUAUCGACAGAAAAGUUUUCCAACAUGACAAUGAUCCAAAAAGGCCACUGUUGCAUUUCUGA